UGUGUGUGAAUGAGACAUGGCCGUAAAAGUGCUUUGAGCUGUGAAGUAUGCAGAAAAGACCUCUGUUGAAAAUAGAUUUCUUCACUGUAUAGGAAGGCCCUACAUGUGACACUCUGUGACCUUCUGCGUGUCUUUCCCUCACAAGCACUUUGAGUCAGCUUAUUAUUAGCCUAGUGUGCAGAGGGGCACAUGAGAUGUCUAACUGACAGACACAAUAAGUAAGCUAGAAACACAGACCAGUGAACAGGCUGUGAGAGAACAGACGUCCCUUUUGUCCAAAGUCCUCGUCUGUCUCAUGUAUGUUCUUUGGUCGGUUGUCUAUUGUUCCACUUUGCUCAUCUUGACUCUGCCUGCUCGAAGAAAAUUUGCAGAUUCAUUUCUGCGUGUGAUUAGGACGCAUGGUUAUGAGGCUUAUUACACACUUGAUUGAACUUUGAGUUUUUUGCAUUGAGGGAUACUUGCGUUUUUUUGGGCCAGGCGUAUCCAACACAAUGUUGCAGGUGAUUUUUCGGGUUGCUCUUGUGCUCCUUCUGUUGGUGGUCUGGUGUGCUGCACUGGAGGAAGCCCAAACUAAAGGCUGCGUUUGUGGAUACCCUGGAAUACCGGGGGACCCCGGGCACAACGGGACACCCGGCAGAGACGGGCGAGAUGGAUUAAGCGGUGAAAAGGGUGAUAGAGGUGAGGUCGGUUCAACUGGUCUAGCAGGCAGUAAUGGUGCCAAGGGCGACAAAGGGGAGCUUGGUGCCGUCGGCCCAGCAGGGCUCAAAGGAAAGAGGGGGGAUAAUGGAGAGCGGGGCCCUCCUGGGAAAAUGGGGCCUCAAGGAGUCUCCGGACCGCUAGGCUUGAAAGGAAAUAAAGGGGAGCUUGGGCUGCCUGGACCUCAGGGACCUAAAGGUGAUUUGGGGGCUCUUGGACCUGAGGGUCAAAAGGGGGAAAUUGGUCUUCAAGGUGACAGAGGCUUUCAGGGACCACUGGGACCCCCGGGCAGGCCAGGCCCAAAAGGGGACAUUGGUGUUCCGGGUCACAAAGGCAGCAUCGGUUAUCGUGGGGAGAGGGGGGGUCGAGGAGAGAAGGGUGAUCGGGGCGACAAGGGGGAAGAACUUGUUAUCUCUAAAAGCGCCUUCUCUGUGGGACUCACAGCACAGACUAAACUCCCGGCAGCCAAUGCACCGAUCCGAUUUGACAAGAUUAUUUACAACCGACAGAAUCACUAUGAUCCACUAACAGGAAGAUUCGCGUGCUCCGCAGCAGGCGCCUACUACUUCACCUACCACAUCACCGUCUUCUCCAGGAACGUGAAGGUGGUUCUCAUGAAGAACGGAGUAAAAAUCAUCCACACAACGGACAACUACCAGAACAGCGAGGACCAGGCAGCAGGGGGCGCUGUGCUGCACCUUGAGGUGGGCGAUAGAGUGUGGCUGCAGGUGGCUGGAGGAGAGUUAUUCAAUGGGCUCUUUGCUGAUGAAGACGAUGACACUACUUUCUCUGGAUUUUUAAUCUUUGCAGCUUGAUUAUUUUGUCAUUUCUUGUAUACUAUGUUUUAAGUUAAUGCAUACAUAUCUGUAUUUACUGUAUGUUUAUACUUAUAUACAUAUAAAACACAUGCAUAUAUGUGCAGAUGAAAAUGACACCUUUUCCUCUGGACUCUUAGUCUUUACAGCUUGAUAAUUUGACAAUGUCUAGUAAUUAUUUGUAGUAUAUAUGCAUAUCUGUAUGUAUGUAUACACAUGUAUAUAUGUGUGUGUGUGUCUGUGUGCUGAUUAAGAUGCUAACAUAUAUGUUUAAUGUUUGCAACUGUGUGUAUACGCUACAGUAAAUAAGUUUUAAAUCUGAUGACCAUGUGCUUUGUUCAAUCUAUCACUGGGGUAGCUUUUAAUGGUUUCUAUUUGUGGUGGUAAGAAGUUGUUUCUACAUUCAUGAAAGUAUAAUUACACACACACACACGGACACACACACACACACGCACACACACACACACACACACACACACACACACACACACACACACGCACACACACAUGAGCUGAUCAGCAUGAUGUCAUUCCCUUCUCUGGAUUCUUGGCACCUUGAUUGACAUUGACAUUUUGUUAUGUGUGUAAAAUAACAUGUAGAUACACUACAAUGUAUACAUUCAUACAUAUGUGGUCAUGUACUAUGUAUACAUAGUGACAUAAUUAUGACAAAAUAUGUUAAACUGAGGUGUUGUUACGUAUUAAU